CGGCCAUAUUUGUGUUAAUACGCGAGGGGAACGGGUGGUUCGUAUGGUCCGGUCAGUUACGUCGCGCGCGUCACCUGAUUCUCACGCGCGUUAAACGGUCACACAUGGCUGAGAAAUGCCCCACGGAGUACCCCUCUAGUUGAACCAUAUGAUAUCUUUUGCCCCCGCGCAGGAGUCCUCGCUCAAAAUGGAGGCGGAGAGCGUCAGCGGUGAGAUGAAUGGGCAUCAGAUGAUGGAUGAGCCGAUGGAGGAGGAGUCCUACACACACUGUGAUGAGGGGCCUUAUAAAGAGAUCCCCAUCACUCAUCAUGUGAAGGAGGGCUGUGAGAAGGCAGAGCCAAGCCAGUUUGAGCUGCUCAAGGUUUUGGGGCAAGGCUCCUUUGGAAAGGUGUUUCUGGUGCGGAAGUUAAUGGGUCCAGACGCUGGUCAGCUGUAUGCAAUGAAAGUGCUCAAAAAGGCAUCUUUAAAAGUGAGGGACAGAGUUCGCACGAAGAUGGAAAGAGAUAUUCUGGUGGAGGUCAAUCAUCCUUUCAUUGUGAAGUUGCACUAUGCCUUUCAGACAGAAGGGAAACUCUAUUUAAUUCUGGAUUUUCUCAGGGGCGGGGAUGUAUUUACACGUUUAUCCAAAGAGGUUAUGUUUACAGAGGAGGAUGUGAAAUUCUACCUUGCAGAGCUGGCCCUUGCAUUGGAUCACCUACAUAACCUAGGCAUUGUUUACAGAGACCUGAAGCCUGAAAACAUUUUGCUUGAUGAAGCUGGACAUAUCAAGUUAACAGACUUUGGGCUCAGUAAAGAAUCUGUAGAUCAGGACAAAAAAGCAUAUUCUUUUUGUGGCACUGUGGAAUAUAUGGCCCCUGAGGUGGUCAACAGAAGAGGUCACACACAGAGUGCUGAUUGGUGGUCUCUCGGCGUACUGAUGUUUGAAAUGCUGACUGGAACGUUACCGUUUCAAGGAAAAGACAGGAAUGAGACCAUGAACAUGAUUCUCAAAGCAAAGCUGGGAAUGCCACAGUUUUUAAGUUUGGAAGCACAAAGUCUUUUACGAAUGCUCUUCAAAAGAAAUCCAUCAAAUCGUUUAGGGGCGGGUCCUGACGGAGUGGAGGAGAUUAAACGACAUGCAUUUUUCUCCACCAUAGACUGGAAUAAAUUGUACCGGAGAGAACUUCAGCCUCCGUUCAAACCUGCCGCAGGGAAACCAGACGACACAUUCUGCUUUGACCCAGAAUUCACCGCCAAAACUCCCAAAGACUCACCAGGCAUUCCUCCCAGUGCUAACGCUCACCAGCUCUUCAAAGGCUUCAGUUUUGUAGCUCCAGCAUCAUUGGAUGAAAGCAAAAACACCCCACUAGUCAGCAUCCUCCCCAUAGUUCAGAUGCACGGCGGCUCAGCUCAGUUCUCUGAUGUGUACGAGUUGAAGGAGGAUAUCGGUGUGGGCUCGUACUCCAUCUGCAAACGCUGCAUUCACAGAGUGACCGCCAUGGAGUUCGCUGUCAAGAUUAUUGACAAAAGCAAGCGAGACCCUUCAGAGGAGAUUGAGAUACUGAUGCGGUACGGACAACAUCCCAACAUCAUCACGCUAAAGGACGUGUAUGACGAGGGUCGUUUGGUGUAUCUGGUGACGGAGCUGAUGAAGGGUGGAGAGCUGCUGGAUAAGAUACUCCGGCAGAAUUUCUUCUCGGAGCGGGAGGCCAGCGCUGUGCUCUACACCAUAACCAAAACUGUGGACUACCUGCACUGCCAGGGGGUGGUGCACAGAGACCUGAAGCCCAGUAACAUCCUCUACAUGGAUGAUUCAGGAAACGCCGACUCCAUCCGCAUCUGUGACUUUGGCUUUGCUAAACAGCUGAGAGGAGACAACGGGCUGCUGCUCACUCCCUGUUACACAGCUAAUUUUGUGGCUCCUGAGGUACUGAUGCGGCAGGGUUAUGAUGCCGCCUGUGAUAUCUGGAGUCUGGGCGUUCUCCUCUACACCAUGUUGGCAGGGUACACACCAUUCGCCAACGGACCCAAUGACACACCAGAGGAGAUUCUGUUACGCAUCGGCAGUGGAAAAUUCUCUCUUAAUGGAGGCAACUGGGAUUCAGUGUCAGACUCCUCAAAGGAUCUGUUGUCUCAUAUGCUGCAUGUGGACCCUCAUCAGAGAUACUCCGCAGAACAGGUACUGAAACACUCGUGGAUCUCCUGCCGGGAGCAGAACCCUCACUUUCAGCUCACCCGCCAUGAAGCGCUGCAUUUAGUCAAGGGAGCGAUGGCUGCCACAUAUUCGGCCCUAAACCACAAGACCUGUAAACCAGUUCUGGAACCUGUGGCGGCCUCGAGUCUGGCUCAGCGCAGGAACAUGAAGAAGCUGACAUCUACAGACAUGUCCUGAACAGAAACGUGUCAAGAUCACUGUGUCCCCCUCCACACAUCCCCUCACUGAGCACUCCCCUCUCGAGUCCUCACACACAAUGCUGCAGGGAGGAAACAGUCUCUCUAUAACAGCACCAGCUCUUCUCUCAUUUCACAACUGCUGGAUCUGAAGGUUCACUGAGCAAGUCUAAUGUUCUUACUUUUAGGAAUUCUCCUGUUUCCUGAGAAUUAAUCUCUGCUUGGGUGAAUCUCGUGAAAACGUGCAGGUUAUAUUUCAACCCACAAUUGAAAUAAUAAUGAAAAUAAAUCACGUUUUCUAUUGUGGAUAAAGAAAAAGAAACCCAUUUUUAAAAUAUUUUUUGUUGUUGUUGCAUUGUGACAUCUACAUAUAAUGCAAGAAAAGUUUUUUUUUUUUUUUUUUUACAGUAAUUAUAGUGAUCCUGUUCAAACACAUUCAAAUCAGGAAAACAAUUAUGUGUAACAAACAACACCAUGAUGUAUAAAACUUUUUUCAUAAAAUAAAAAAUGAUUUUUGUCACAAUAGGAGGGUUUGAAUGUGCUUAAUUAUAAUUGAAUUAUUGUCACAAUGCAAAAAAUAACAAUUUGUUUGUGCAAAAUAUUAGUAUACAUCUGAAAAAAAUAUAUAUUUUUGGGGUGCGACUUUUAAAAAAAAAACAACAAAAAAACAUUUAAUCCCCUUUUCUCCCAAUUUGGAAUGCCCAAUUCCCAAUACUUAGCAGGUCCUCGUGGUGGCGCAGUUACUCUCCUCAAUCCGGGUGGUGGAGGACAAGUCAAGAGACCGUCAAUCUGCGCGUUUUAUCAUGCGACUCGUUGUGCAUGACCCCGCAGAGACUCACAGCACGUGGAGGCUCAUGCUACUCUCCACGAUCCACGCACAACUUGCCAGACACCCCAUUGAGAGUGAGAACCACUAAUCGUGACCACGAGUAGGUUACCCCAUGUGACUCUACCCUCCCUAGCAACUGGGCCAAUUUGGUUGCUUAGGAGACCUGACUGGAGUCACUGGAUUUGAACUUGUGACUCCAGGGGUGAUAGUCAGCGUCAAUACUAGAUGAGCUACAAAGGCCCCCUGAGGUGCGAUAUUCUUGACCAUUUUUGUGUGAUUUACCCAUUUUGGAUGGAUUAACCACUUUGUGUCCUGUCAGAGGUAUCAUGUUAGUGUUGUUGGGCGGAUGCCUGAUGUGUGAAUCAUGUGACGUUACCUCAAGCAGCCAGUGUUACACGUUUCUUUAGCUUGAUGUAUAUAAAGUGUCAUUCGUCAUGAACAUGUUUGUGUGAAUCCUUGAGCACAUUUGCACUGAGACUCGGCAGGUCGUCGCUUCUGCGAGAUGUUUCCUCUCCCUCCAUCCGUUCCUCUGUCUCAGACCGCUCUCUGCCUUUUGUUGAAUUAGAUGUACAUGAGCAAAAGGUGAAGAAAUAAUUCUAUAUUUAUAAAUCUGAAGCGGUGAAUGAAUCCAUGAAGAGAGCUGGACGGGGAGAGAUCUCUGCUCCAGAUGGAGGAAAAUAUUCAGUAAACCUCUUUAAAGACCGUGGAAAUUGUAUCAUAUUGUAUUUAUUUUGUUUAUUUUAAAAAUCUUAUUUUUUCUUUCAGGCUAUGUACAUAUUGACAUUAAAGAACAUUAUUGACAUGAUUUCUCAUGUGUGAUUUAAUUUCAAGCUUUUAAUAAACAAGAUCAUUAUCAAACUGGUAUGAUGGAAGGAUAGUGUCUGUAGCUACAAACGCACUAAAAGCUGCCAGGUCAGCAUAUUUUAGUAAACUCAUAGAAAAUAACCACAACAAUCCUAGAUGUUUAUUCAGUACUGUGGCUAAAUUGGUUAGGAAUAAAGCCUCAACCGAACCAGAUAUUACGUCACACCUCAAGAGUAAUGACUUCAUGAAUUUCUUUACAGAUAAAAUUGAAAUAAUCAGAAAUAAAAUUGGAAUUAUGCAAUCAUCUGUCAUAGCACCUCAGAAAUCAGAGUCGACUAAUUUCCCUCAUGUGCAUC